UCUUGCCUUCUUGAUCUUCCUCCAAAAUUGAAGUUUUUUUUUUCUCUGAGUUGUUUCAUGAUGAAGAGUUUCCAGCGAUCUGCUCUCCUAGUGAGGACCUUGUCCAUCUUCUUCUUCUUCAUCCCGGUUACAAUCUCUGUUCCAUUCAUCCUUUUACACGGGAUUCGAGAUCAAUGCUCCAAUGGUGGAAUCAUUAGCUUCACACAGCUCCUUAGCAACCUCUCUAAUUCCCCUGGCUCUUGCUUAGAAAUAGGUAACGGGGAACAAGAUUCUGUGUCCAUGCCGCUUAUGCAACAAGCGAGUAUAGCGUGUGGGAAAGUGAAACAGAUGAAAGAGUUGAGUCAAGGUUACAACAUUGUUGCACAGUCUCAAGGCAACUUAGUCGCUAGAGGCCUAAUCCAGAAUGCUCCUCCUGUCUUCAACUAUGUCUCCUUUCCUCACGCUGGCAUAGCUGACAUACCCAAGUGUACUUCUCCAGUGUGCCAGCUACUGAGAACAGAUGUUUACAGCGACUAUGUUCAGGAUCAUAUUGCUCCAAGUGGUUAUAUCAAGCUCCCUAAUGAGAUGUCAAAGUACUUGGAACACUCCAAGUAUCUGCCAAAACUCAACAACGAGAGACCUAACCAGAGGAACUCCAUUUAUAAAGAACGUUUCACCAGCUUGCACAAGUUGGUCCUAGUCAUGUUCCAGGGGGAUAGAGUAGUGAUACCUAAAGAAAGUUGUUGGUUCGGAUAUUACCCAGAUGGAGCUACAACACCACUUUUGCCUCCUCAACAGACGAAGCUCUAUACUGAGGAUUGGAUUGGUCUGAAAACAUUGGAUGCUGCUGGAAAAGUGAAGUUUGUCAAUGUCCCUGGAGAGCACCUUCAGAUGGCGCAUGAUGACGUUGUGAAGCACGUCGUGCCUUACCUCCAGAACCAUCCUACGUUUCUUUCUUGAUGCAGUCUCGACCGAGAUUUAGUGGAAGACGUUAUCUUACUAAUUAUCAAGCUUCAUUACAUUAUCAAUUACAAAAGAGAGCCAGUUUUAUGCAAAAUUUGAACUAUCUUCAACUUGAUAAACCUAA